GUGGCUCUCCUCAUGCACCCCAUUCACAGGGGUUCACCUGCCCUGGCUGCCCCCCAACAUGCCUGAGCUCACAGCAGCCUCGAGGCUCCGGCUCUCCGGGCUGUGCUUCCUCCUCCAAAUCCUCAACAUCCUCCUCUUCGCCGUGUUUGUCCGGUACAGCCCCGAGAGCAGCCCUGGCCUGUGUCCCCCGCAGCUGAAGUGCAGCCAGAGAAACCAGGACUCGGCGUUCCAGCAGCGCCGUUUCCAGGAUGUCCACAUCCAAGUGCUCCUCAGCUUCGGGCUCCUGGUGGCAUUCCUCAGCCGCUAUGGGCCAGGCAGUGCGGCCAUCAUCAUCCUCAUCAUAGCCUUCACCAUCCAGUGGGCUCUUCUGAUCCAGGGAUUUUUUUACUUCUUCCUCAAUGGCAAAAUUUAUGUGGGAGCUCCGAGCAUGGUCAGUGCUGACUUCUGCACCGCAGCUGUUCUGAUCUCCGCUGGAGCUGUUCUAGGCAGGGUAAAUCCUGUCCAGAUGCUGCUGCUGGCCCUGCUGGAAGUCACCCUGUGCACUCUCAAUGAAUACAUCCUGCUCAGUCUCAUGGGGGUAAGCGACAGUGGACGCUCCUUGACCGUCCACACCUUUGGUGCUUAUUUCGGCUUGGUGGUUUCACGGGUCUUGUACCAGCCCUGCAGGGACAAGAGGAAGAGGGAAGAGCGGCAGGACACGGGGCACCAGACGGAUGUCUUUGCUGUGGUUGGAACCAUUUACCUGUGGAUCUUCUGGCCCAGCUUCACCUCUGCCACCACUGCCCACGAUAAUGCUGAGAACUGGGCAGUGCUCAACUCCUACUUGUCACUGGUGGCGAGUACCAUUGCCACCUUCAUCCUCUCUCCUGUCCUCUAUGAGGAGAGCACCCCACGGAUGGUUCAGAUCCAGGAUGCCACGCUGGCUGGCAUGGCUGUGAUGGGUAUGGCUGGGGAGAUGCUGGUCACCCCCUUCGGGUCCCUCAUCGCAGGGUUUCUGGUUGGUCUGAUCUCCCCACUUGGCUUCAGAUUCUUCACGCCUGUUCUACACUCCAGGUUGAAAAUCCAGGACACGUGGGGGGUUCACAACAUCCAUGGGCUGCCUGGAAUACUGGGGGCCUUGCUGGGGACCCUGCUGACACUGCUGGCCACCGCAGACACUUACGGUGACAGGCUGGAGCUUGUAUUCCCACUGGUGGCCCAGGGCAGCCGGACAGUCACUGACCAAGCGUUCAUCCAGCUCGGUGCUCUGCCCCUCACCCUGCUGUUUGCAGUGCUCGGGGGCUGCCUCACAGGUGCCGUCCUGAAAAUCAAGGUGCUGAGGUGUUCCCCGGAUGCGCAGUACAUGGAAAACACCGUCUUAUGGGAGGUGGCUGAGGAAGGAUGUGAGCACAGGGCAAGCGGGAAGGAGCUGGGCAUCAGCACCUUGGUGUAAUGACCCCGAAUCCCCAGUGAGUUCCUGCACCACCAGUGGUCUGUCACUGCCAGUGCCAGCUGGCUUCUGGCAGCCUGACCUUCCCAGCAGCCUGCUCUGGAGACGGUCAUGCUUGUUCCCAUGUGGGAGUCAGCUCCUGGUCCCAAACGUUUUGGGAAUAGCUGGGUGUCCACAGGCCUUUGCAAGGUGAAGAGGUGCUGCAGGAUCCCAGUGCUUGUUGUGGGAGCAACUUUUGCUCCCGAGGUCACCUCGGGGUGUCCAGGCUUGGCUCAGCCACUUCCCCUCUCUGCUCCUUGCUUAAUUUCCCCAUCAGCUGCUCUCUGAAGGAAGGCAAUGAGGGGAGG